CAGAAGUGUCAAGGAGAACUAGUGUGGAUUCACUUGACCAUCUUCAGGAAUUUUUCUUGGCAAUAAAGAUUCUGCAAGUUGGGAAAAUAUGAGAACUCUCUAUGCAGAAUUAUUUAUCCUUGCCACUUUAUUGGCUGUGUCUGCGCAACAAUAUCGGGUGAAGCGAUAUGUGGGCAAUGGUCAACGAGGAAAUAACGAUUGGAACUGGAAUCCUGUUGGGCAAUCCAAGAGUCCCUCUCAGGGCACAUGGUCCAGUCUCAAGGGAGACGGAAGUGCACCUAACAGACUGACAGAUUCUAAGACGAACAGAAAUGGCAAGAGGAACACUGACAGCUGGUCUCCAACCGAUGUUCAACAAAAGGAUGAUGAUGAUAUGGUUUGGAGUUCCCAACCACCUCAAGGAAACAACAAGGGAUCUGCCUAUCCAGAAGGAGAUGAAAAUACUGGUGGAAAACUGGAAACCCUUCUAAGAGGUGUACCAGGGAUGGAUUUUCCUGAUUUCUUGGCUGUACCGGAAACUAGUUUCGAUUGCAGUGCCAUGCCUUCGCAAGGCUACUAUGGAGAUGUAGAAGCUGGAUGUCAGGUCUUCCAUAUCUGCCAGCCGGGAAAUCGCAAAGAUUCUUUCCUAUGCCCUGUGGGCACAAUAUUCAACCAAAAACACUUUGUGUGUGAUUGGUGGUUCAAUGUAAAUUGCUCGGAGACCAUGUCCUUUUACAACCUCAACAACGAAAUUUAUAAGGAGACAACAGCGCAACCGGAAGUUGUUCCUUCUACUGAGAAAACUUUGCCUUGGAGCGCACAGGACUUGGACAAGAAAAGGUCUUCCACCAAGAGUUGGGCCCCUCAACCAACUACUGGUAAACAGGGAAUGCCUCGCAAAGAUGUAGCCACUAAAAGAGGAGGAAAAGGCGAUACUGUCAGCACCUCCCGAGAAGCUUGGAGUCAUUCUGGUGUUCAAAAGGAAGUAACUUUGUCCUGGAGCACUUCAGGAAAUUACGGAAGUUCCUCCAUAUCCUUAAACACAUUGGCUUCAACAGCAAAACCCAUUUGGUUCGGUAUUGAUGGUCAGCCCGCCAAAGACCAAAGUGAUGUUAUGAGAAAGAGAAACGGAAUUGUCCAACCAUUUGGUACCAGAAUGAAGCCUACUUCAAUGGCUACUGCUGGAACAUGGAAUCCAACAGAUGUCUUCCAGCCAACCACUUCACCCAAAAAGAGCAAUAGUAUCUUUCACUCUUCGACAACUCGCAAUUGGGCCAGUAGCGAAAACUUUCCUGAGACAUCAAUUGUUCCAACAGGAGUAAAGGGUGUAUGGGAACAGGAAACAACCAAGAAAGCUGAUCAGGAUAUGAGUCCAACCAUCGUGGGUCAUAGAGGAAUUGUCACCAAAUCUGAAGGACCAUCUGCCGGACAGAAGAAUAAGGCUUUUUCGGAUCACAACAAAGCUUGGAACAGCCAGAGGCAAGCUCCCCAUUCUUCUUCAGAUCACAUCGAAAGUUCAGCCAGUUCAUCUAAAACUUGGCGUAGACGUGUUUCUAAACAAAAGAGCGGAAAAAAAUUACCCAGGAAAUCCACUACUUCCGAUAUUAAUUCCAUCUCGAGACAAAAUUCUUGGAAAUGAAUGGUCUUAGAUAUAGUGAAUCGAUUUAUUUAAACUGGAAACUUUGAAUUGAAAAGUAUCAUAGUUUCUGUCAUUUAAGUUCAGCAGGGGUCUGAAAUUGUUCAAAAUGUUUUAAAUUUUUAAGAUAUUUAUCGUUGCAACCCCUCUCAUCACCAUUCUUCUAAAUUUUAAUUGAAAUUAGAAAAAUUCGGAAAGAGAAUGUGUGAAGUAUAAAAACUUUCCAAGAUGACACAUAUCUGCCAUACAUCUGUUGAGAUCCUUAAAUUUUUUAAAAAAAAAUACUCGACAUUUUCAUUUGAAGUAGCCGAUACAUAUUCAUAUAUACAUAUAGAUGAUACAUUAGUUUAAAUUUGGUAUUCAGGCCCUUGCAAAUUUCUGUUGUUCAGGAAUAUUUUUUGGUAUUUCACUACGCUACUGGUGCUUACUUUUAGUUAGAUAUCCUCCAUAAGAGAUGCUGAUUACUACUUACAAAAUAUUACUUGUUUUACUCAGGGUUCAAUAUAUUCCCUAUUUCAUUAGAGAAUGCUGUCCAUAGUUUGAAUCAUACAUUGAAUCAUCUCAUGUGGUCAUUCUUCUUCGGCAAGUCGGAAAUCUAAUUCUAAAUCGAGUUCCCAUAAAAAGGGCUUCAAAACUGAUAUCAUUCACCGAUAAAACAUCAUAUAUUAUCAUUGAUAAUUCUGAAUUUUUCAUGUCGUCCAACUGUUAGUGAUGAAAUAAACAAACGAAAUAAUAAUAUUAGGUAAUUCAUAAAAUUAUUAUCUAAAGAUUUUAAAAGUUUUAACUCCAAC